UCACCUCCCGGACGGACCGUUUUGAUCACAACAAAUUCCUUUCCUCAAUUCGCCCGUCGCCACCAUUCAGCCUUUUGCGAAUACAUCGACUACCAACGCUCUGCGCGUCCAUCGCGCCUCUCUUAAUUCUUAGCCCAUCAUGUCGUACGGACAAUACAGCCAGAACCCCUAUGCCCAGGGUCCCGCGGCUGAGGGCGGGUACGACUACAACCAGAACCAGAGCCAGCAGCAGUAUGGCGGCGGCCAGUAUGAGCUGCAGCCCUAUGGCCAACAGCCACAGCAGAACCAGGACCAGAGCAACCCGUACCAGCAGCAGCAGCAACAGUCAUCCGCACCCACCACCAUCAGCCAGCAAGACUUCCUCGGUCGCGUACAAAAUCUGCGCAACGAAAUCCGCACUUUGACGGCCGACAUUGAACACAUUGCUCAGCUGCACCAACGCGCGCUCUCUUCCGCCGAUUCCGUCGCCUCCGACCAGCUGAACAACGCUGUUGCCCAGACCCAACUGCGCAACACGCAGAUCACCGAGGAGAUCAAAUUCCUCGAGCGCGAUGCCGCCCGCACCCAGGACGCCUCCCGCGCCUCCAAGCAAGCCCAGCUGAACUCGGUCAAGAACACUUUCAAGGACGAGCUGCACCGUUAUAUGCAAGUGGAAAGCGAAUACCAGAAGCGCUACAAGGAGCAGAUUGCCCGUCAAUACCGAAUCGUCAACCCGGAUGCCACGGAAGAAGAGGUCCACGAGGCCACCGAGGUCGACUGGGGAAAUGAGGGUGUUUUCCAGACAGCGCUGAAGAACAACCGCCUGGGCCAGGCCAACUCCGUCCUCGGCAACGUCCGCGCCCGUCACAGCGAGCUUCAGCGCAUCGAGCGCACGCUCGCCGAGGUCGCCCAGCUGUUCCAGGAGAUGGCUGUCCUCGUCGAGCAGCAGGAAGCCGUCGUCGACGCCGCCGAGCAGAACGCUGUCAACACGGUCGAGAACAUUCAAAAGGGCAACGAGCAGGUCGAGGUCGCCAACAAGCACGCCCGCAACCGUCGCAAGCUCAAGUGGUGGUGCCUCCUCGUCGUUGUGCUCAUCAUUAUCAUUGUCGCGCUUGGCGUCGGUCUCGGGGUUGGUCUCGUCAAGAACUCCAGCAGCUAAGCGUCGCUUCGAUGUAUCAUGGGCGCGCAAGGGAAGAACCGCAAGGAAAGUUGCAUCGCUGCUAGACUUUGAUGCGCGACACCCAACCCUGAACAGCAACGGCGCUAGAGCCUUUCCCUCUACUUGUUUACACUUUACGCUGCGCCUUCCACGCCAAUGAUCCUGGCGCAAGGGGGCCUUUUUCUAAUAGGCGUGUUCUGUCUGGUCUGGCAGGAACCGGCAGUUUAUGCCGCGUCGCUUGGGUCUUUUACGAAGUCUCUGACGGCUACAUCUUUGUGGAUGAAAUACUCUAGAAGGGAGGGAGUGAGAAGGGGCGGCUUGGGAGUUUUGUACGUGUUGCUUGUAUUUACUUUUCUCCCGGGACGGUUUCCUGAGCCGCCCCCGGUUUGGAUCCGAUGCUGGUAGUGAGAGCAGAUAUCUCAUUGAUCGUAAUUAAUAGCUGGAAACUGUAAC